GAAUCCAGAGUCUUAGCACAUGCUUUUGCUCGGAUCAGCUAUCGACAGCUUGACCUACGACCGAGAAUAGGAAAUUGACGAACCUCUGGAUACUCUCUGACGGCGAAACUUCCUACAAAUCACUUGAGCAAGCCUUCGAAUUGUUUCAGCCUUAGUUUUCAAAAAUGGCUUCGUUCAUUCUGCGCGACGUUCGCAUCUUCACAGGUGAAGAGACAAUCGAGGAAGGCUUCAUUCACGUCGAAGAUGGCAAGAUUAAAUCCAUUGGUCCGGUGUCAGAUGCAACCCACGCCUCUAUCAAAACCUACUCCAAACCGGGACAUACGCUUCUACCGGGCCUAAUCGACUGCCACAUCCACGCCGAUAUGGCCGAUCCAGAAGCCCUUCCCCAGGCCCUGCGGUUGGGCGUAACGACUGUUUGCGAAAUGCAGAACGAGCUAGACAACGUACGGAAGCUUAAAAAGCAGACACUAGAGCCAGAUACUGCUUCAUACAAGACAGCCGGUCAGGCAGCGACCAUUGAGAACGGAUGGCCAAUCCCGGUGAUUCUAGCACAUAACAGCAGCCCGGAAGUUUUGGCGGAGAUUUCCAAAUGGCCUAAAUUGACAAAUCGGGAGAACGUGAUCGAGUACCUGGAGUGGUCGACGAAUGAGAUGCAGCCUGACUAUAUUAAGCUGAUGCAUGAGAGCGGGGCGAUGAUGGGUCGCAAACUCGAUUAUCCAACUGUUGAACUGCAACGCAUUAUCGUGGAGGAAGCGAAGAAGCGCGGAUAUCUGACUGUCGCACAUGCUACAUCUCUACAAGAUACGCUUGACGUUCUGGAAGCGGGCGUGAACGGUCUUACGCACACAUUUUGCGACAAGCCACCAACCAAGGAAAUCAUUGAUGCGUACAAGAAGAACAACGCUUGGCUCAACCCGACUCUUGCAGCAAUGGGUAGUUUGACGACCGAGGGCAAAGAUCUUCAACACCAGUUCGCCCACGACCCAAGGGUGAAGGGCUUGAUCAAUGAAGACCGAGUGGGCAACAUGUGCCAGUGCAUGGCUUUUGCUCUAGAGCAUGGAAAGGUUCAGUACGCAUAUGAGAGCGUUAAGGUGUUACGGGAGGCGGGUGUUGACAUCCUUUGUGGUAGCGACUCCGCAGGUCCUGCGAAAGGGACCGCAUUUGGGCUCUCUAUGCACCACGAGUUGCAUCUAUUUGUGCACAAAGUGGGCAUGAGUCCCCAAGAAGCCUUGCGCUCAGCUACCAGCUUAGUCGCGAAACGCUUUAAGUUCGACGAUCGCGGUCGUUUGGAGGAGGGGUUGAACGCCGAUCUGCUGCUGGUCGAGGGCAAUCCGCUAGAAGAUAUCGAUGCGACUUUGAAUAUUCGCGGCGUUUGGCGUGAUGGGAACUUAUGCAGUGCGCAUGCUUCGAAGAUGGAAACGGGUACACCCUGAGCAACAGUGCGCACACUUGUGUUGAAACGAACUUACAUGUCGAAGCACAGGAUGACACGUUGAAAUUACAGUAGCUUCAUGAACAAUUAACU